UCCCGGAUCCCGAUCCCAUCCCUCCUCUCUGCAUCCCUCCCCGCAGGGGCCAUGGCCUCGCUGCUGUCGGUGCAGGAGGAGAACCGGAUCCUGCAGCAGGAGCUGUCGCGGGUGGAGGAUCUGCUGGCGCAGAGCCGGGCGGAGCGCGAUGAGCUGGCCAUCAAAUACAACGCGCUCAGCGAGCGGCUGGAGCAGAGCCUGCAGCCGGAGCCGGGGGAAGCAGCCGAGAGCCGGAGCCUGGCCCAGCACAACAUCGAGCUCCGGAGGCUGCUGGAGGAGGAGCAGGCUGCCUACAAGAGGAAGCUCCAGGCCUACCAGGAGGGCCAGCAGCGCCAGGCCCAGCUGGUGCAGAAGCUCCAAGCCAAGGUGCUGCAGUACAAGAAGAAAUGCGGGGAGGUGGAGCAGCAGCUGCUGGAGAAGGCGACGGAGCUGGAGCAGGAGAGGCUGACGAUCCAGCUGGAUGCCAGCGGCUCCCAGCCCGAGGAGGAGAGCAGCAACGAGCUGGAGAAUGCCCUGAUCCGGCUGGAGGAGGAGCAGCAGAGGAGCAGCAGAG